AUGAUGGCAUCAUCUGUGUUUUAUCAGAGGGCGACGGCCUUCUGUGCAAGCCGAGCUUCGUCUGCAAUCUUCCAUACGGCAUCUCGAGUGAUUGGCAACACCUCAUCUUCCUUUGCUGAAGUCGGCGGCUACCCACAGGGGUUCCCACAGCAGCAGCAGCAAAUUCGAUUCAAGAUGACCAAAGCAAAGAGGAAAAGAGGGAUUCGAUGGCGUAAACGACAGGCUUUGGUUGAGAAGGGCAAGGAACUCCAAAAGCCGCCAGGCUACAUGCCAAUUGACACUCCUGUGGAAGAUUUUGUCCCUCGUGAAGUCAUGGAAGAAGAGAUUCGAUUGGCAGACGAACGAGACAAGAAAGAAUUGGAAGAAAGAAGAGCCCUGUUGAUGCAGGAGACGCCAUUGCGUCAUUUCAUGACGGGGAUGGCCAUGAGUGAACGCGUUCAAAAGUUGUUUGAUAUGGCCAAUGGCAACCAACAGGAGGUUGUGGCAUAUCAGAAGAGAAGUGGAAUGAAGCUCUUUGAGAUGCGAGAAGGUGACACUGGAUCUACAGCAGUGCAAAUUGUUGCAUUGACUUCCCGCAUUCAACAACUCCAGACUCACAUGCGAGCCCACCACAAAGACAAAUCCACUAAACGUGGCUUGCUUGUACUCACUGUGCGAAGGCGAAAGCUCUUGGAUUAUCUUGAAAGAAAAGAGUUUGAUAUGUACAGGCGAGUUGUGAAGAGCUUGGGAUUGGCCCGGAAGUAA